GUGCUUGAGCUAGUGCCUGCUGGCGUGGUUGCUGAAGCAGAAGAACCAGAACAGGAAGACGGUGUCAGCACCACUUCUGAGAGCACCAAUCCAGGGCCGAGACUUCAGCUGUGGGUUGUACCAAACUCCAGGUGUCCAAACGCCGGCAUCUUAGGACCAACUGCAAGGCUUGGAGCCUACUUUGGAUCCGAAGGUCUGGAACCUCCUGAGCGUCUGUGCCACAACGAGAUCAGGUGGUACGCUGUCUGGCAUAUCCCAGGCAUUGGGCGUUGGAGAAUAGCUGGCAUCCAUUGGGGUUUUGACAACACAGCCUACGCUGCAAUUUUGGCCCUUCACCGUGGAAUCUUUGAAGGGAUUGCUUUCAGGAGGUGUUAUUCGCGUGAGGAAGCGGCAGAGAUUUUCAAAGCAAGGGCAGAAGGUUUUGAUCUGCAAGAAAGUCUGCGCAAUCGCAUUUUUGGCUGGAGCUUCACCUAUGACCUUGAAAGCUGGCAGCCGGGGUUUCCGAUCGAGAAAUCCGAGCUCAGCCACAUCGAGAACGACGAGGGCAUUUUCUGCUUGGUGGAAGCUCCCUUCGACAAACUACUGGGGGGAGCCCCAGAGGCAUGCAAAGAGCUUGCAGCCGACCUCAAGGAACUUCUGAAAGCCGGGUUGACGGCAGUUCAUUCAGAGGGCGAACUGACGUUCGCCACUGCCUCAGAUCAGCCAAGACCUCGAGCUGUGAAGAAGAAGAAGAAGAAGUCAAGGGAGAAGAGAGCUUCAAGCACAAGUUCAAGCGGCAGCUCAGAGGAGGAGACCGACCUAGCAGCCGCACUCCGCAAGAAAUGGCUCGGGUCUGGUACCACCGCCGUCGUGAAAGAAAGGCAGGAGGAUUCGGACAGUCCCUUCACCAAGAAGAAAAGAAGCCGCUUUGCCAUGAUAGAGAGGAAACACAAGGAUUCAAGGGCUCCUGGCCUUGCAGAUAGCACAGAAUUAGCAGGGCAGUUCACGGAAAGGCCGAAGGCGAAGAUCGACCCGAAGUUCAAGCCGCAGCAGUUCUUCGAGCGAGAGCGACAAGGGCUACUUCGACAAGUCGUGAAGGGCCACUCAAGAGCUGUGAAGGAUUACCAAGGUUCAAAGAAAAAGAUGUUUCGGAAUCCUGUGAAGCACGUCAAGCGCUACGUGCACUCUCUGCAGGAAGAGUUGGGGGCUCAGGAGAAGCCUUUCAGGCUCGUAGACUACAACCGUCGGAUUCAGUGGGGCAAGCACCGAAGUCUGCAACGGUGCCACUAUCUGGUGAGUGUGAUAUUGGAGGAGCUCCUAAGAGAGGAACCCGAAAGGGCAGCUCGAAGAGCGGUUUUGACACUUCAAGCACUUCAUCAGACUUCACUGGACAAUGGGAGCUGGCAGAUUGGAUGGCUGCUCACUCACGUGGAAGAUCCCUUCGAGAAGAAGCUUUUUGGCGGAGAUCCACAAAGCUUACAGCACGUGACGAGCUAUCUGAAAUCCAUGAGCGAGCUCGCAAAAACGACACAGAAUCUACGGGGAAAAGGCUUUGGCAAAGGCGACCAAGAGGAACCGGAACCCAACAGAGAGGGCAAAGGCAACAAGCGCUCCCAGAAAGGCAAGGACAAGAACAAAGACAAGGAGCAGACCGUCGGGGCCUAUGACACCUUCUGCAUCAGAGCAGAAGGCACCACUUUUUCCAAAGCCGGCAUCAUCAGCCCUGAGCAGUUUUUGAAGGGAGAGCAUCGAAAGGCAUUUCAAGAGAUGCCAUCCACAGUGCCUCACAACCUGGCGCCUCCCAAGCCGACCAAAGGCUGUUUCCGAGUUGAGCCGGAUGACCUGGUUGCGGUGAACCACAAGCUGUUAGAAAGUGGGGUUGCCACACUACUCCCCGAAAGCUUAGCCCUAAGGGACAGUGAGGGAAGGAUCAUUUCAGGUGGGCUUUUUGCAGUCGAUCACAAAGCCGAAAGCGAUCGGAUCAUCCUGGAUCGACGGCCUUUUAACGAGCUUGAACGCAGGAGAUUGAUGAUGUGCUUGUUGCAAGAGACCUUCAUUUGGAUAGAGCGUAUCAAAGAUGGUGAUAGGUGCGUUUUACUCUGCGACUCGAGAGCAGCGGCUGGAGCCUGGUCGAAAGUUUUUUAUUUUCUCCCUCCUGCAUGGUUCUGCAUGCCUGCCUGGUUGGUACAGCCGCGAACUGCCGGUGCUGAAAAGCUGCGCUGGGGAAAGUACAGCCCAGCCUACAGGAAACGGCUUCUGGAAGGAUGUCAAGCUCUUCAGAGCUAUCUCACCGAAGUUGAGGUAAUCUGGGAGUCAGUGAUCCAUCAAAAAGCCAGUGUGGUGGAUGAGGUGUUAGAGCAGUUUAUCAAACACUUGCAUGACAAGCCAUCGAAAUCUGGACUACGAAUAGCUAAGCACGCCAUGCUCAGUUUUCAGAUCAUGCGACCGCGCUUGCGUCGCAAGUUGCAAGCGUCGUGGGACGCUAUCAAGUCAUGGGAAGAGCAGCAGCCCUCCAGUUUUAGAGCACCUGUACCGAUGACAUUGCUCAUGGCCAUCACAUGUCAAGCAGUUCUCAACUCUGAAAAGUCGGAUAGCAGAAGUGAAGCGAGACGAUGGCUGGCUCUGGCGGUUAUGGUGCUCACUGGAUUUUAUGGACUGCUGAGACCUGGUGAGCUUCUGAACUUGAGGGCAUCAGAUGUGGUGCCUGAAGAGAAUCUCCUUAGGACCGAAUUUCUACCAUCCCAAGUCCAAGCCAUGCCAUCGGCGGAGCUAGGGCCUGGGGAAGACUGGCAGAAGCAGUUUCGCAAGGUGGUAGUCAGUGCGGGACCCUUGAAAGGUGCCCGGUAUCCCGAAGUCAGUUGGGAGGACCUACGAAGGGCAGCCAAGUCCUACAAACAAGAUCCCAGGUUCUGCCAAUAUGCGAAGAGGAUGAUGAGUGAGAAAGCCUUGGGAAGCCGUCCAGCCCAACCGCAGACAGCAUCAAGGACUUGGCGAAAAAUGGGAGCUGAGUGGCUAAUGUGGGGCCUUGCCAAAGCAAAAGGCAAAGCUGUGCUGUUCACCUUUUUAGCACUUUUGGCACGCAUGUUGAUUUCGAGGCCACUCUUUUAUGUGGUCAUGGCCAAGAGUUUGACCAUGGGCAUCCGAUUAGUGCUUCGUCGCAGUUUUGGACUUGUGAUUAUAGUAAUUGACGCUAUACUGGACGAAGUAGCAGCUAAUUUGGAAGCCAGUCUGCUCACGCAGCCCGUGGGCACUCCUGUGCCCUUGAGGGUUUGGAAGGAUUGGAAUACUCUAGUUGUGAAUACUUUGCUAG